AUGCGCCUUAUCGAGCGGAAAGGCGACGGCAGCUACUGCCUGAUCCAUGAUAUGUACAGCAACAUUCCUCCGUAUGCCAUACUCUCUCAUACUUGGAUGAACGACGGCGAGGAGGUGAGCUUCAGAGAUCUGUCACAUGAGCCUGAUACCGCUAGGAAUAAGGAUGGCUACAAGAAAAUUCGGUUCUGCGGAGAACAGGCCGCAAAGGACGGGCUGCACUUUUUCUGGGUUGACACCUGUUGUAUCGACAAAUCAAGUAGUACCGAGCUCACAGAGGCCAUUAACUCUAUGUUUCAGUGGUAUAACGAGGCGGCCAAAUGCUACGUUUAUUUAUCGGAUCUUCCAUUUUCGGGAUGGGAAUUAACAUUUCCUACAUGUAAAUGGUUCACGCGAGGCUGGACGCUCCAAGAGCUUAUUGCACCGGCAUCAGUUGAGUUCUUCUCUUCGGAGGGCCAACUGUUGGGUGACAAAAGAUCCUUGGAGUCGGAAAUUCAUGCAAUCACAAUGAUUGAUGUCAGUGCCAUUCAGGGAGAGCCUUUAUCAAAGUUCAGCGUUGAGGAGCGAAUGUCAUGGGCUGCGGAGCGGAACACUAAGCGCAAAGAGGACAAGGCAUAUUGUCUACUGGGUAUCUUUGGUGUUCAUAUGCCACUCAUCUAUGGUGAAGGAGACCAUGCUUUUGAUCGGCUUAAUGAGGCGAUAAGAAAGCGUUCCGAGGGACUUCACGAUGGAUUGGAAAAACCCUCUGUCGGCAGUCCUAAGGUUCAAAUCCGUCUGCGCUCCAAGAGGAUAUGGCUACCAUUGUUCACGGUGAUAGUCAUCCUGGGAACUGUCCUUGGAGGCCGAUUUGGAUCGAGACACAGAAGUAGAAGCCCUUCGGACUCAUCGGCUACAUCUCGGCGUAAUAUUGCCGCCCUUUCUUGGGCUUGGGGCCCUGUCAACAACACGCGCGUUUAUUUCCAAGACAACACAGGACAAAUAAUUGAGGCUGCAAGUUCCGCUCUCGAUACUGCAUGGGAUCUCCGUAAGAUUGGCGUCAGUGCGAAGAAUCAUACUCCUCUCGCGGCAGCAGUUUCACGCCCGGAUUUCCCUUUAGAGAUCAGUGUACUCUAUCUCGACGACAAUAACAUUGUACACGACUUUGGCUACAGCUUUUCGACGAAUGAAUGGGGUUCGGGAUCUCUGUCAAAUGCAAGAUAUACCGCAAUGCCGAAUUCGAGCUUGACGGCAAUAUAUAACCAAUGCCGGUUGUGUGCUAAUACCACGAUCGUUGCUUUUCAAGCCGAGAACGGUUUUGUCCAGAUCGGCAAUCUUACAUCUGAAGGCUGGAGUUUAACACAAUUAGGUCUCUCCCUUGAUGCAGAAGUCGGAACAGGACUUGCUUUACAACCAUUCUACCACGAAAACACAGAAGAUCAAAUAAACCUCUACUAUCAGAAGGCGAAUCUCUCUCUGAGCUUGGCAAGCUGGAAACCAGCCCUUCUAAACAAUGGAGUUGACAGUUGGUCCUUGACCGAACAGCUUUACAGUACUAUCCCUUCUGGCUCACCUAUUGCGGCUGCCUCCUCUUACUCCAACGUUUCUACCGGCUUUGAAUCCUGGAUCGAAGUGUUGUGCCUUUCUAGCCAGGGAGUUCAAGCCAAUACGUGGGUGGGAGUGCAGGAUAAUUGGUUGCAAACAAUGUUACCCUUAGUGAUGGGAAAUUCGUCGGUUAACCCGAAGAGCUAUGGAGACGUAGCCGUCACCGCCACUGGAAACGCAUUUGGCGUCAUUAUGCAGGAUGGGCAAGCAGAUAUGAUUGAGAAUUGCGACCAGAAUCGGCAGCAGAAGAUCCGGGGCCACACCAGGGCUCCUACAUAUCCAGAUGAUAAAUAUCGACAGAAGGCAAGCGAGACGACCCCAGCAGGAUCGUGCAUUAACAGCAACAAAGAUGCUAGCAACAAUCAGCCUUUCCGACCGAUUUUUCUUCAUCACCUAUCUAUAGACCAGACUGAUGUCCCGAGCGAGAUGACUCCAGUGGUAUUAUGGACUAACACCGACAUGGAUACUAGUGGCGAUCAAGACGUCUGUGGCGAUCAAGGCGCUGAUGGCGAUCGAGAUAUUGAUGACAAUCAAAACGCCCGUGAAGACCAAGCUUCUCAGCCAAUUUCUAUCGAUCGGUCGUCCGUAGACGAGGUUGAUAUACCCAUACCGAUCGAUGACCAAUAUGAAGACGUUGAUGGUGGAGCUCCUUCUGGAUCCGAAUAUGAGGCAGAAGGGGACCAGACUUCCGGCCUAGCUCGGUCUCACGGGAAAACUGUCGUUGUGCUUAGGUGUGGAACUGUGAAGCUUAUCGCACCAUCGCGCCAUAUGCUCUUAAGCUUCCGGCUUAGUAUCAGGAUGGCACAGCAGAUCUUAGGGUUAAGUAAGGAACUGACGAUUCAUUUCUCCCUCGAGGAGAUCGACCUCCGUGUUGAUGACCAUGUGGUCUAUAGGAAACCAAUUGAACGGCUGCUAGCGUCAGUAAGAGGAGCGGAAUGGCUGGUCCAGAUUGUGCAUGAACUAGAAGCCCUUCAAGGAAAGCCUGCCCCAGAGGAUGACUCAGAAUGGAAAUCCCCAGGAGACCAGCUUACACUAUUACCGUAUCAUAGCCGUCUUGGGACUGGCUGGAAGAAUGGUGAACUUCAGAGGAGGCUUCGCCUUGGCAGCACCUUUCCAUGCACGGAGAUGAAGAAUAAGAGUAAAAUGGGCAGGACUUGCUUUCGAAACGUGCAAGUACUUAUACCAGGAGGAGUUGACUUCAAAACUGUCUUUAUCCAGUGCGACUUGGCCCCGAACGGUUCACUCCAUCCCCACGCAUGCGCCACCGAGUUUCGUGAGGACGAUCCUGCGAAACGUCUUGGCAUCAAGCUAAAGUUCAACUUCAAGGUAAGCAAUGAAGAGAAGGAACUUUGGGUAACUCUCGGAGGCGAAUGUAACACGAAGAAGCUGAACUCACUAGUUGACUUUUUGGAGGGCAAGGAUGAGGACUGGACAGAACGGCAACCUCGGCGAUUCCUUGACAGGAAUAAAUUCCGAGGGAGGAUGAAAAUAUCUUAUACAUCUUAA